CGUAUGAUAAAAAUGUUAAAAAAUAUGAAGUUUUCUUGGCAAUUUUUUCUGUUGUUUUGUCUUCUUGUAGCGAAAGUUUCUGGCCAUGGGAUGAUGUUAGAACCACCUAAUCGCAGUUCUUUGUGGAGAUUUGAUCCCACAGCACCUCAAAAUUACAACGAUAACCAAAAUUAUUGUGGUGGGGCUGCAUUUCAGUGGCAAAGUAUGGAUGGAAAAUGUGGUGUUUGUGGUGACCCUUACAACGCUCCUCAUCCCCAAGAAAAUGAAAAUACUGGAAAAUAUGGUCAAGGGAAAGUUGUCCGACAAUAUGCGCCUGGAAGUGUAGUAGAUAUUCAAGUUACGUUGACAACAAAUCAUUUGGGAUAUUUUUUGUUUAGUCUCUGUGUUUUGCAAAAUCCAAGUGCUCCAGAAUCUGGUGAAGAGUGCUUCCAACCAAUAUCUUUGAGUAAUGGUGAUGACAGAUAUAAUGUUACUUAUAGUGAAAAAACAGUGAACACCCAAGUUAAGCUACCGGAUGGGUUGACUUGUGAUAGAUGUGUUUUGCGAUGGCAUUAUACUGCAGGAAAUAAUUGGGGACAGUGUGAAGAUGGGAGUUACCAAGAGGGAUGUGGACCUCAGGAAACUUUCCGGUCUUGUGCAGAUGUAGCAAUACUCUAACUUUUGUAAAUAAUUUGAUAAUAAUAAAUUGAAACCUACUAACUUA